AUGAUGCUCAGUGAAUCAAAUUGUCCAGCAUUUAAUAUUCUCUCUCAUCAUUCCUGUUCUGAUUCUACAAUUCAAAAUUCUGAGAAAGAUUCUUCUCAAAUAUCAACACUUUCACAACCUUCAACAUCUAGCAGGCCGAUUCCAAUGAGUCGUCUUGAUCAAAAACGCUUGCAGUGGGAAAAAGAAAGAGCUGAAAUGCAAGAAUGGAAUCCUUGGGGUAAACCAGGUGCUGGUGCUCCUAGAAACAGACAUUCUGCUUCACAGGGAUUAUCAAAAACUGAAUCACAGGUCUUGGUUGUUCAUUCUACAUCAAAUAGUUCCUAUCCUACUCCGUGUAGAAGCAGUUUAAGUUCACCAUUUCAUAUGUAUAAAUCUCCUAAUGAUACUCCACAAGGAUCACAAUCUCCUAAUUUGACUACCAUUUCACAGUCAUUAAUGAAAACUUUCAGAAAUUCUCUAUCAUUUUCACAAAAUAAUAUAGAUGAACAAGAAGGAAGAAAAGAACAGUGGAUUCAAGAGAUUGGAGGAGAGAAACAUAUAAUUGAAGAGAAUAAACAUUUUUUACCCAGAUCAUUGGACAUUUCUUCAAUGGAUGAUCAAAAGACAAUAAAUACACAUAAUUCAACAAAUCAAUACAUUGAAGAUCAUAUAAAUCCAAAUGAAGAACGGAUAUUUCUAAGAGGACAAGGAUUACAUGUGCAUCCUGAUGAUGCGGCCAUAAUUCAAGAACGUCGUCAGAAAGCACUUGACUGCCAACGAGAAGUAAAGCAACAAAUAGAAGAAAAACGACAAAAAGAAAGAGAACAAAGGGAACGAAAACUUUUGGAAGAACAGGAGGAAGAAAAACGUUUAGAAGAGGAAAGAGCAUUAAUGCAAAAGGAAUAUGAAGAAGAACAACGUCGACUAAAGGAGAAAGAGGAACAAGAAGAGAGAAAAAGAAAACUUUUGAUUGCAGCAAUGGAAGAAGCACAGGCUUCAGCAGAAGCAGCUAAAAGAGCAAGUAAAGCACAAAGAUCUCAAAAAUCAAGCAGUGAAAUAUGUUUAAGGAGUUCAGAGGAUUCUGUAUUUAAUAUUGAUAAAGCUCUUUCUGAAAAUGAAGAAAGUAAAAUUACCAAACUGUCACCACAGAAGACUAUUUAUUCCAAGCAGAAUGACAAUGUUACAAAUUCAUGUUCUGAAAAGUUUCGAGAAUUUUCUGUGCAAACAACAGAUACUUCAGAAACACAUGGCUACAUUGAAAACAGAAUAUUAACUCCCACAGUUGUAAGAAUGAGGGAAAAAGCAAAAAACAAAAAUAGAGAAUUUGGAACACAAACAGAUUUUGCUUAUGUAAAUCAGUGGAUUGCUGACGAUGGAGAUUCGGCUUUAAGUACAUCUAGUUCAUUAUUAAGUAUUGGACCAUCCAGGAAGAAUAGAAUUCAACAUAAUAAACCAACAAAAGCAUCUCAGAAGAAUUAUGAAUAUUUACAGCAGCCGGUAAAAUGGGGUGUGCCGCCUCAGCAAAAACCUUUUGUUAAGAUGUCGGAGAGAGAUCCACAUUAUCCCAAACGUAAAAAGUUACUUGAACUGAGAAGACAGCACUGGGAAAGAGAAAUGGCAAAUCAGAAGACAUUAUCUCAGUCACGGUCUAUUUUUCCACAACCAUAUAAAUCAAGAAAUGCAAAGAUAACUAGUUCAGAUGGCUCUUUGAGUAGUUCAGAGACAGAAGAAAAAUAUCAUUACAAUAAUAGUCAACAUGUUUCUAAACUUGUUAGAAAAAAUCGACAAGAAAAUUAUAAUUCUGCCGAUGAUAUUAUUGUAAGAUCAGGAGAUAAAGAAACAAAUAAAGGUUUUUAUUCAGAUUCUCCUACAGAAUCAAAACUUCCAGGAAGAUUAACACAAAGUACUGAUAAUCUGUUAACUCAGUUUUCUGAAUCAUGGCCAAUAAGAACUCAUUCUAGAAAUUUUAGUUAUCUUGAUGGUCGAUCUCAUCAUCCUUCUAUGCGUAAAAAAUGGCAUAGUCAAGAAACUUUCAUGCCUCGUUCUCCUAUUUUCAUGCCACAUUUGUGUUCUUCGCCUCCUGUUCCAGCUGUUCAAAAAAGAAUUGGAUAUAAAUAUUCUUCUGGUGAUUCAUAUCAUGCACCCAGAAGAAAAUGGAGUGAUCAAGAAAGUUAUAAAUUAGAAAGUAUUCCAUCUUCAAGCAUCAAACGAAAUUCAUUGAUUAAUGGAAAUGAAAAUGGAGUUGGUGAUGAAAAACCUGAUGGAGAUCCGCUUGUUCACCCAGAAAUUGUUACUAGACGGCCAACUCCAAGACAGGAUAAAAUACUUAUGCAACUUUCUUCUUUGCGACAGGGUUUACUUUUAAAACAACAAGAAUUGGAGAAUUUGUUACUUCAUCCUACUUCUGAAUCAUCUUGAUGCUUGAAUAAACUUCAAGAUAAAAACAUCUUACUUUGUUUCAUUUUUUGUUAAAUGUUUGAAACUUAUAUAUCAUUAAUCAUCAUUUCAAUAUUCUCUAAUCUAGUGUUUUUACAAAUGGAAUGUUCUGUGAUAAAAUACAUAUUCAAACUUUGGAGACAUGUCAAAGUAAGUAGUUAUAAGACUGUGAUAUAUAUAUAUAUAAAUAUACACACACCUUCCAUAAUGUGUCAAAUGGAGCACUUUUUGUUAGAAUUAAUUUCAUGUAUAUAAAUGUUUGCUUGUAGAAACCAAAUAUAUACACAUAUUUUAAGAAUUUUAUGUUUAGAAAAAAAUUUGUAUUAUAUUGUAUUAGAAAAUUGAACUAUUUAUACAGAAAAAGCUUAAGAUUAUUAUAGAAAAAAAAUGAAAUUUCCAGGUAAGAAUCAAGGUUAUCUCUUCUGCGUUAUAGAAUUCAUUAUUCAUGUAUAAAAUAUUGUCAUUUUAAAUUAUUCCUAUUAAAGUUGUUUAUAGUUAAUGAUACAUAUAAUUAAAAAGUUGUUUCAUCAUUAUUAUACUGAAUAGAAAAUUUUUUACCAUAAAAUCAAGUCAUUUUCACAAUUUAAACCAUUGAUAUGGUAAAAUUCUAAAAACCGUGAAUUAGGACAAAUAUUUUGCAAAAUACUUUUAAACUACAUAAUUUGUAUAUACUUUCAAACAAAAUUUCAACUAUCUGUUUCAGUUUAAUAACAUAAUGUAUUAGUUAUAAUUCAAAAGAAUUGCAAACAUUUAAAAUAUGAUAGUGUGUGUAAUUCUGUUGAUGUUUAUUAUUUAUUGAAGUUAGAAUUUGGUUAACAUUGCACAAAGUUUCUGCAAGAAGACUGCUAAAACUUUGUAUGUACCAUUUAAUGUCUUUUAAAAUUAUUAGGAAAUUUGUUUUCUAAGAUAACUAAUAUUCAGAAAAAAUAAAUGAAUUUAAAUUUCUGCUCUAACAGAGUGUGUUGACAUCCUGAAAAUAAACAUUUUUAAUAUUGUUUUUGUACAUAAAUAGUCCGUUAAUCUCCAACCAGUUUCUAUUGAAUUUUUUAAUAUUUACUAUACAAUGGUUUUGAAGAUAUCUUUAAAUUGGUUUAUCAUAUGUAUUGUAAGAAAGAAAAAUUAAUUUUAACUGUAUAAAUAUUAAAUUUAUGGAUGACAAAUAUUUUCUAAUUUCAAUAAUUCUCUUUGGAAAAAAAUUUUGAAAAGGACUAGAAAUUAAUAUAUACUAGUCACUUAUAUCUUUUACAUUUAUCAUCUAAUAUGUGGUGCUUUUGUUAAUAGUACUUGUACUGUUUAUUGCAUUAAAAACCUGUUUUGAUA